AUGGCUACUAUCGCUCUAACCCGGCCGAUGCCGCCGCACCGCGCCUCUUCCAGCAUGCCGCCCUUGAGCUCGUCUAUCAACAUUGACGUCGAUACACUGAAUGGGCAAGCAGCCCAGCCCAAUCCGCUGCCAGCAGGCCCAGUACCGAACAAGCACAUACCCGUCUGCCCGCCGGGUCCGCCGGUUGUUUCAACGACACCGUCGCCGUCUCCACCGCCAGACGAGUCCAGUCCCUACCGGCAGUCCCUUCUCUUCCCCCCAGACCAUUACCCUCGCUUUGAGAAUGACGGGUUAGCGAUAUACGACAUUGAUCCAACUGGCGUCGCUGCAGCUGUAGACUAUAUUGCACGCCAGCCGCUACCAGACCCUUCGCUUGUCUUCCCUUGGUUUCACGGCCUCCAUCCAGUUAACCACAUGCAACAAGCGUUUUUCUUUCAACGCCGCCGUGUGAUGCGAAAAACGCCCUGCUGUCUGCGCGGGCUGACAAUUGUCAAGGCCGAUGGUCAACUCCAAGUCGCUCGCCUAAAAGGCGCCAUUGCACCCGGCGAGUUUCUACAGCCGGGCACCGCUGCCGAGUUUCUUGACCCGGACCCUAAAGAAGGUUUCUCUGUGCGGAACUUUCAGAUCCAGGCAGCCAAGACCGCCAUGACCUCAGAUAUCAUUGUGUAUGGCGACGACAGCGCUGCUGUUCGGAAAUUGGCUUGGAGAAUUGCUGCUGCCCAGAAAACCUGGCGAGACAAACAUGACAUCGAGGGAAUUGCUCUCCCCAGAUACAACACAUUUGCCUGUACAGGCGACUUUUCCAUCUUUGAGGAAUUUUAUCCUCACAUAGUGUCCGCCGAUUCGGAAGGACACAUCACUGGCAACGUCAUUGACUUCUUCCACCAGGAGCGUUCGGAAAUGUAUGCCAUGACGGUAGCUUCCGAAAUUUCACAUAAUGUCUGGCUCGGACCGACACCCGAACCGAAUUCGGAAGAGGAAACCUCGUACGACGUUUUGAUCGAGUGCAGCGACCUGGGACACUUGAAUCCUCGUGCACUUCGUGCUUUGGCAGAAACAGGCAUUCCAUCAGGAAAGAGGAUACAUCUCGACUUCCCAUCAUCGGGAACCAUCUUGCCCCCAACAUGGUCACAAAUCGAAGCAGAUGCAAUCCUCGAGUCUUGCAAGUGGAUAUACCACUUGGCUCAUGGAACAGCAAAUCCAUCCCUGUUUGCAGCUCUUACGGAUGUUUCAAACGCUCCCGUUGACGACGGCCACGAUAUCACUCUGGCAGACGAAGCAGAGGAGUCACCAGCUAUAGCUGCAACUCAACCGAAAAAGAUCCUUAUUCACUGUGCAGAUGGCUACACGGAAUCAACCUCGCUUCAAAACCAACCAAAAUGGUUCUCAGCACUAGAUGGGUCGUUUCCCAGCAGAGUGCUAGACUACAUGUACCUCGGAAACCUUAACCAUGCAAACAACCCCGAUCUCCUCAAGGCAUUGGGCAUAACUCAAAUCUUGAGCGUCGGGGAGAUGGCCAUGUGGCGGGAUGACGACCUGGAAGCCUGGGGCGAAGAGAAUCCGCAUCUCCGGUUUGCCUACGAGCUUCUCAAAUGGGAGGAAAUGCUUCGGCAGAACCAGAUGAUAGGUGACACCACUGCCCACAGUUGCAAAGCUGGUAUCAGGAGAGAGCUCGAAUGGGGCGAAAUCGCACGCGAGGUGGCACUGAUGAACCAGCCUUACGUUCGAUGA